GUCAUAAACAUUGACUAGUUUUUUUCAUCCAGCCUUUGGGAAUUCAUGUUAAAUUCAAAUGACUUCACUGAAUGAAUUCGAAUCUACCUUAAAGGAGGUUGUUCAGGCAAAACGAUUGUCAGCCUCCAAAAUGACGAAAUUGACAGAGAUUGCGGUGAAAUCUAUUGAACAAGAUACAAAGCUUGUGGCUAUUCUUUAUCGCACUCAUAAGUCUUUGCCAACGACAGCCAAGGUUUCCAGUCUCUAUGCUUUUGAUGCAUUGGCUCGCGCUGCCAGGAAUCAAGUCACAAAGCAUGGUAUCGUCGGUGACAUUAACUCAGAAAAGGGCAACGCUGCAACAUUUUUACUGAAGAUUGAAGGCGUUCUGGAUGGCCUGUUCAAUGAUCUAAUAUCCACUCGGAACCAAGAAAUUAAGGAAAAGGCCAAAAAGGUUCUUGACAUAUGGAUCAAAUCGAAUACAUUUCCUUCCGCGGUUCUAACACGUCUAAGGGAAUUGCUGAAGG